AGAAAUUGCUCCCUAUGGACAACCGGUUUCGUACAGCGGUGGUGCCGCAAUUCUACACAGUCUUGAAAGAGAAAUUACGGAGGACUAAUGCGUUCUCGGUCGAAUGUUCCUGGCUUCUCUCGUCCUUUCUUCCUUCUGUCGUCGAACUCGCCCCUGGGUUUCCCGAGCCAGCACUAGCUAGAAGACUGCUUCCUUCAGCUUGUCUCUGUUUGACCUCCGCUUGAGCUUGUUCAUCCAGCUGCUCUCUUCUUGGACUUUGGUCCACGUCGCCUGCGCUCGACGGCUUGCGGUGGCCACUCGGAUGUCCUCCUAGGAAGAGUUCAUCAGGCGUGUACGAUACCUGCCACACGGACAUUCUACAUAUCCAUACCCUCCUUUCUUGGCUCUCUGUUACGAUGCACAUUCUUUCCUCUUUCCUCCUCCUUCUUUUCUCCUCCCUUCACUUUCUUCUUUCACCCCGUGCAGUUCACGGGCUAACCAACGUAACCAUCGACGAUACCUAUGGCGAUACCAACACCGGUGCACAAAUCAUCUACUCCCCUCCUGCGGCGUGGCAACUCGGUCAAAACUGCAGAAAUUGCACCGCGCAACCGGAUAAGAAUCAGACGAUUGACGGGUCGUGGCACGAUGCGACGUACAAUCCCGUUGGUGGGUCAAGCAAUGCCUAUCCGGGUACGCUCAUCUCUGCGACUGCUCUCUUUAAUGGCUCAGCGGUAUACAUCUACUGCAUCCUUACGCGCUCCGAAUCCGGUCCCAACGGGAACACAGACAUGGCCUUCCUCAUUGAUGGCAACACCGUCGGUACCUUCGAACAAGCACCCAACGGGGACUCGUCAUAUGCAUACAAUCAACUUGUGUUCUCGUCGACUGGGUUGAGCCAGGGUCAACAUAAUAUUACUAUUGUGUCUGGGAGGAGUGGAGAUAAGGCGCUUGUGCUUCUGGAUAGGAUCGUGUACACUACGGAAGACGACGAUGUGACGACUACGAUACCGCCUGUAUUGACUACUUCACCGACUUCUCCCACUUCAGCUUCAAGUUUCACGUUCACCACAUCACCCUUCACGUCAAGUGCAACAAUAGUCCCUACAUCGCUCUCCGUCCCGUCCUCCGGUUCCUCCAACUCCACCGAUUCUUCCACUCGCACUUCUUCCUCAUCAAAGGCAGGUGCAAUAGUAGGCGGCGUCAUCGGUUCACUCGCAGGUAUUGCAUGCAUCGUCCUCCUCUGGCUCUACUGCCUAGCAAAACGGAAACGAGAAGAAGUAGAAGAAGCCGAAAGAGCCAUACAACCCUUCUUCUUCGGCCGAUCUGGGCGAAGUCAAGCUGGGGCUGGUGGGACGAGGAGUGAGAUGGGGGUGAUGGAGUCGGCGGACAUGGGGAGUAGCGUAGGGCUUACGAAUGCCGAUUGGGUCGCAAGACAUGGUCAUGGCGGGAUGGAAGGAGAAAGUGCAUGGAGAGGAGAAGGGGGUACGGCGACGACUUACCUUACUUUCCCUCCUCCUCCUUUAACAGGAGGCACAUCGGCGAACACGCAUUCUCCUGAAACACCCACGUUCAACAACAACCUCAGUGCUCUCAACAUGUACGGUCUAGCUACGGCCGGGGCAGAUCGAGGGGGGACAAGAGGGAUGAGAGGAAUGCUUGAUGAAAGCACAAGCCCUACAACUCCAGACACACCAAGUGCGAUACGGGCGAAGUACCUCGGGUUACUUGGUUUUGGUUCCAGCGUGGGUAGUCGAGAUGGUAGCGGGAGAAGUAACCUGAACGCGAACGCAAGUGUAAUAGAACGAAACGCAUGGAACAACGUUCGCUCUGAAAAGGCUCGGUUGACAUCAUUGUUUGGAGGGAGUCGUUCACCCCGUUCGCCUCGACACCAACACCCAGAGGCUGACCAUCAUCACCCUAACCAUCCCGCUGGGACUCGACAGCACCACCGAACAAGAACAAGACGAGCAGGAACAGGAGUGUCGCCGUUUAGCCCCACACCCUUAUACACACCCACUCCAGGGUUAAACAACGCAGUGAGUCCAACGACCGAAGACGAAGGGAGUGUGACUAUGUCAGCAGCAGCAUCUGCCUUGACAGAGGACAACCUAGCGCGUCUGACAGGGCGGAAGAAUCGGAGUCAUAGAGAACGAGAGAGGGAGAGGGGACACAAACAUGACAGGGAGAGGGAGAGACAACGGGCGCGGAGAGAACGAAAUCACAACCACAAUCAACAAGAGAGGGUAGUAGGAAGAGGAAGAGCUCUUCCUCCGCGACCUUCUCGUACUCAGCCGACUGUUCAACCGUACCAUCCAACACAGGAACAAGCACGGUCACGGUCGUUCUCCUUUGAUCGUGCGUUGACCGAGGCAGUCCCGAAUCCGAACCCGAACCCUUAUCCUGUCUACGAAAAGGAUAGACCAAUCAACACAGUUCCUCCAGCCACCGUCCCGUGCAUAGCAGUCGACCCCUUACUGGCCGUCACGGCCGAAGAAGCACCCGCUUCGGCAGAGCAAACAGGUGUGGCAGCAGACGUCGAUGCAGACGCUGAUAUCCGCUCAGUAACAACGACCUCAGACGUCCGAUGGCAUCGUCAACUCGUUAACAUGUUCACUCCCUCCUCCCCUUCCUUGCCUUUACCUUUACCCUCUUCAGUAGCACCCAGACGCAAGCCCUCUCAAUCCCAAGACGCCUCCACCCGCCCACUCCCGGUUCCACCUGUCCCAAACACCUUAUCCCUUUCCCCCAACCUUCCCUCCAAAACUCAUCCAAGCGCAAAUGCAAAUGCUGAUAACAUCGUGACUCCAAACUCAGCAGGCGGGUCGAGUAGCCAGACCUGGACUUCGUCUUCGAGUAUACGAGCUGCUGCAGCAGCGAGAGGGAUGGGUACGGGUACGAUCUCGCCUCCACCGCCUUAUCAGCAUCAGCGUCAGAGUGUAAGGAGUAGUGUUAGGAAUGGGGUUUGAUUAUGAGAAUAUGAUUGGUGUGUGUAAAAAGAGAAGGGAGGGAUGGAUUAUUAUUUUUUAUUUUAUUAUUCUGUGAUUUGGUCUGAGGGCUUUCAACUGCCCCCUAUUUUGUCGUUUACCUUUCCAACUUUCUGCCUUCUGAGUUUUUGGCAUGAUUUUUGUGUGUGCGUGUGUGUUUACUUCUGUAGCUGUCGUCACUCAAGUGUGUUGGUUGCUUGGUACUUCUGUGGUUCUUACUUGCUUUCACUUUCAUUGUCUGUUCAUUAUCGAUCUUGAUCCUUGCAUAUUUUCUUCUUGUGUGCACCACUCUCACUCACCUUUUUUUUCCACAGGUAGUUGUGAACUUGUCACUCAUUCUGUUUAUUUCGACCUGUUUGUGUUUAAUGUUACGUGCAACUCA